CCCUCCAGUCUGUCACUCCUGCCCCUCUGCACCCCCCCAACCUUCCUCCCCUCUCCCUUUUCCUCCACGACCCCCUUCCUGUUCCCCCUACGCACCCAGGGUGCCAUGUACAAGCCUUACACCCCGCUUGAAGAUGCCACGCGGGACCCCUCCAGACUGAUGAAGGGCAGAUACACAGGCCCCAACAGCUCGUAUCUACUCCUAAAUGGACCUUCUGCCCAAAACUACACGGCCACCAUGGUGCGAUCUUCCGACGCCUCGCGAGCCGGCUCAGACAAGAAGGGACCCUUGUAUGCAGCUGAGAAGACUGGAAAGAUAUCCAUCCGCCUCGUACAGAAAGCUCCUAUCCCUCGAGGUCCGUGCCGACUGGAGAGAGGGGCUAAGGGGAGUCAUGCCCCGCGGCACGUCCCAGCCCCGAGGAAAAGACUCGAUGCUCUGCAGGUCUCUACAUGGGGGGGCCUGCAGCACCCCCUGCAGGACACUCUACUCUACAACUGAGCUGAGAAAUUUACUUACUAUACACAGCACAGCUGCUCCAGCUGAUACUACACAGGCACCCACGCACCCUCACACCGACACAAACACACAUAUACACACGUAGGCCUCUACACCACGCACCUCAUAUAUAGGGUUUUCUGCUGCCCCUCGUCCCCCCUGAGUGCUCCCAUUGCUCCCCAGCCUACCUUCCCUCUCCUAACCCUCCUGUUAUGCAGUCUCUGCCAUUCCCGGGCUAAGUUUCUUUCCUUUUUACCUGUAGGGACACCUGGGAUUCAGACACCGGUCUACGUGCAGUACCAUUGGCUCUCCCCUGAACCCUCGGCUCUUUUGUUGAUCAGACACAUCAUGCUGCUCCUCCAGCACUUGUACCUUGACCUGUGAAACUUCCUGCACUGAAACGGCUGGAUGUAUCGCUCACAGGAUCAGUUUGGCUCUCGCUUUCCCCGAGAUUCCUUUAUCAGUGGAGUCAACACAACAUGGAGCCCGCCCCACCCCAGGCCAUGGGCCCCCGUGAGCAGGUGUUCUUCAAACAUGAAUCAGCCCCAGCUGCCCCCUUACCUGCCCUCUGGCCAUGUGACUAACCUUGGGCAUCCCAGCAAACCUUAUUACCCAAUCAGCUCACCCCCCGGCCCCCGCAUUGGGAAGUUGGAGCGGGUACACUCCUGCGUGCAAGCCCUGCUGCGGGAUGAGCAGCAGCCCUCCCUCUGGGAGCAGCUGGGUCAGAUCUACGAGUCGGAACAGGAAUGGGAGGACGCCAUUCACUGCUAUCAGACGGCUGCCCGCUAUCAUGGUGGCUACGAGCUUGGCGCGCGCAUCUCCAGGCUGCAGCAGGCUCACAUGUGGAACAUGCACGCAACCCCCCAUCAUCGGCCCAAAUCUCUGCCCCCCCUGCAACAAGUCUGGGACCUUAUGCAACACGAGCAGAAGAGACAUUUCGGAGCUAAACGGUGUCUCCCGCAGCUGAAGCGCCCGGUGCCCCCCUCAGACUCUUCCGCACUCCAGCUGAGCCCACACAAUCCCCAUGGAGGGGAGGAGCAACCGAUGAAACGGAGGAGGAGCCGGAGCCCCGAACAGCAAAGGAGGGGGAACCCUGGCCUGCACUCUCCUCCAGCCUCAGGGGGUUCUGGGAGUUUGUACCAUCAGGCACCCGUCAAGCCCAGUGUUUGGAAUCCACUCACCCAUGUGCCCUGGGCUGAGCGCAGGGAGCGGCAGGAACCCAGACCCCCCCACGCGCCGUCUUACCCACCAUAUUGCCCUCCACGCCCUCUACCGCCUCCACCACCACUUCACCAGCAGCCCCGCCCUCCAAGUGACCUUAGUGAGGCUCGGGGGCAGAGGUGUGCAGAGGCCGUCCCCCCAGCACCGCCCCCUCUCCACGUGCCUUACGAUCAGAGAAGACCCCGCGCCACCCCGCCGACUACCCCCAGGACCGAUCUCACCACUUCCUCUGAUCGCUACCAGAAUUCCGCAGGCAGCCCGUCUAGAAUCUGCCCUCCUCUUGUAGAGCAGCUGGACCCCCCACAAACUAUAUGUCAACCCCAGCUACCAGCUGUCUCUCGACCUCCUCCUCCUCUGCAACAGGGAUGGCUGCCCCCCCCAGCCAAAGAGGAGAUGAAGAAGGGAGACCCACUAGAGGACAUUCUGUAUGGAGAUGGACCUACAAAGGUUAAACAGGAAGGGUUUUACCCAUCCCGUGACACCCAAAGAGAGGGCAAUGUCUACAACCACCAACCUCAGGGCAUUACCACCAGCAAAGCCAGGUCUGAGGCCUACCAGCCUGGAAGCCUGGAUCACGUACUGCAGAAGAUGGAUGAAUCUGGGUUAAUUGCCCCAAAGAAGGAGGAAGAGAUUAAACAGGAAGUUAGAAAUCAUCCAUUGACCCCAGAACUGGAGGUUGGAGGCAAACAAUCAAGCCAUGGACUCUCUAGAGCUGAGGGCAGCUAUUCUGGUGGGAAGGGGUCACCAGAAGGCGCGGAUGAAACGUCUUUCUGCCCCUCUUUGGCCCCCCACCACAAAGAUACCUCAGGGAGCCUCCCGGUUCCAGGCUCAGUUGCAUUACCAGCCAAGCCAAUGCCUAACUUGACUCGCAGGCCACUAAGUCCGAACUCGGCCUUCUCGGAGAGAACGUCGGUGUGCGGACAGGAGAAGGAGCAACCCACUGGAUGCAACCAGCUCUUUGAAUUCCCCGGGGGGCAGUUGCACGAGCCCUUUGAGGAAGCCGCGGAGUUUGCAAAAAUAUUACCGGACGGGCUUGACGACAUCAUGAAAAUGCUUGACGAGUCGAUAGAAAAGGAAGAGGAAGGGGUUGGGAACGCCAGUGGGAUGGACGAUAGUUCCUCCACUACAUCCAGCAGUCCACCAGCAGAGACCAUGCCAGCAUCCAGCCUAGUGAGCUCAAAUCAGACCACUGUUGUGAAAAGCCCACCGCCCAAUGCCAAAACAGCGGAAGUCCGGCCAAGUGACACCUUCCCCUAUCAUGGCCCUAAGAAAGCCAUGCUGGAGCAAGAAGCAAGCAAGGAGGCAAAGACUGCGCAGCACAGGGGAGGCAGCGUUCUGAAAUCACUCGCAAAUGUUCUAGAGGGGCAGAAGUAUUGCUACCGAGGCAGCUCUGGGGCGAAGUCCGCAGGAAACCCGGCAUACUUCACUGGUGCUAUGGUGAGCAAGCGUAAUGUUGACCCAUACGCUACGCAAUCUACCUCACACCGGGCCUGGGACACCAAGCCAGGGACGCAUGUUGGGGCAGCCCCUACCUCAGAGGCUCUUAAGCCAGGGGUGAUUGAGAAAAGGCCAGAGGUACGGACAGAGACGGACAUUCUGGAGGACAUAGCGAGGGCUUGUGAGACUUUGGUUGAGGGUGCAAAGGGGUCGGCGGCAAGCAGGACGGGAAACGAGAGAGCAGUUGAGAAAGAGCCCAAAAAGUCUGAAGGGAUUGUGGACAGGAAGCCAGAUUUACAGUGGGGCAUAGAAAAACGUGACAUCCAUUGGGGGGCAAAUAAACUAGAAGGACCAGUUAAGCAGAAAGUAGAUUUCAAGUGGAGAAGCGAUACCCAGAAAGAAGUGGUUGAGAAGAAGCCAGAGGCUCCCAGGGCUACUGGCCAACAGGACUAUGUUGAGAAGAAACAUGGGGCAGACAAACCCCGCGUCCCCGUUGACAGGAAGCCUGAGACUUUGCAGAAGGCAGAUGUACAGGAAGGAGUUGCUGAAAUAAAGCAGGAAACAUCUUAUGGCACAAUCAGGCAUGAAGUGGCAGAGAGGCUGGAGGCGGCUCUUGAGAGAGAAUCCAAGAAGUCGGUGAAGGGAGCAGAGAAGAAAUGUCUCCCAGGUCCAGCUGACUCCCCCUCAGGUACAGCCCGGGAAGAUCCCUCUAAAAUACACGGUGCUAAUGUCAAGGAGGCUGUAAAGGAGGCGACAGCUAAGCGGCUGCAAGGGGUAAAUGACAGAGAGUCACCAAAAAAGAACACCGAUUCUUUGGCCCAGGGAGGGGUCAGUAAGAACGUGGCGGCUGAAGUGGCAAAACCGAAUGCCGAUAGCAAGGACACUAAGUCAUCUGAGGAAGCACCGAUGCCAACAAUGGAGGCAGGAGACAAUGGCACAAAGGGAUGGGAGGCUGGGAAACCCAUUGAGAGGUUGACUAUAUCUCUACCUGCCCCUGCUCGGAGCAAGGAGGAAAGCAGGAGGAGAGAGCGGAAGCACAGGAAGUCCAGGCGGGACUGUAGUAAGAAGUCAACUGACCGCAGGUCUCUGAAGGACAAGGAGAGGCAAGUCCUAGGCAACCUAGAUCUCCAGAGCCAGUGCCGGGACACCUCAAAUUCUACACUUAAGCAGAGUUCAAGGAAGUCCGAGACUGGCAGAAGAGGGUGCGAGGAAGCGCAUCACCACCAACCUACCCCACCUACUCCUCCAACUUCCGCACCCCCUCCAACGUCCCACGGCACAGCCAACUCUGACCUUCUAAAGAUGAGACCCUUCACCGAAGGGCCGCCUAAAGAGCUCAAGAUCCGCCUCAUAAAGGUUGAAAGCGGAGAUCGGGAGACUUUUAUAGCCUCCGAGGUGGAAGAGCGAAGGUUGCAGGCCAGUGAGCUGACCAUUAAUAACACUGCUGCGGAGAUUGUAAGGGCCACCAGGAGUAUGGUGCUAAAAGGGAAGUUCAAAGAGUCCUACCUGCUGCCCUCGAUGUCCGUGAAGCCGCCCUUGGGGACGGAGCAGAACCUUCCACGAGAGAAGCUGAAUCCCCCAACUCCCAGUAUAUAUCUGGAGAGCAAACGAGAUGCCUUCUCCCCUAUCCUGCUUCAGUUCUGCACCGACCCCAAGAAUCCCAUCACUGUUAUCCGCGGUUUGGCCGGGUCCCUGCGUCUCAACCUCGGACUCUUCUCCACCAAAACGCUCGUUGACGCCAACGGGGAGCACAUGGUGGAGGUGCGCACUCAGGUACAACAGCCGUCAGAUGAGAACUGGGACCCGUCGGGCACUCGCCAGAUCUGGCACUGCGAGAGCAGCCGUUCCCACACCACCAUCGCCAAAUAUGCACAGUAUCAGGCCUCCUCGUUCCAGGAGUCCCUGCAGGAGGAUAAGGAAAGUGAUGACGACUCCAAUGAACCAGAUAGUACCACAGAAACCCCACCCCCCAGUAGCACAAACCCGGAGCACAAGACCCCACAGAUUAUCAAGUUCGGCACCAAUAUUGAUCUGUCUGAUCCCAAAAGGUGGAAACCUCAGUUACAGGAGCUGCAGAAGUUGCCAUCUUUCAUGCGUGUUACAUCCAAUGCCAACAUGCUAAGCCACGUGGGCCAUACUAUACUUGGCAUGAACACCGUUCAGCUCUACAUGAAGGUUCCGGGCAGCAGGACCCCGGGUCACCAGGAGAAUAACAACUUCUGCUCUGUGAAUAUAAACAUCGGCCCCGGGGACUGCGAAUGGUUCGCUGUACAUGAAAAUUACUGGGAGAAAAUCAGCGCCUUCUGUGACAAACACAAUCUGGACUACCUGACCGGAUCUUGGUGGCCGGUUCUAGAAGACCUGUACCGCGCCGACAUCCCAGUUUAUCGGUUUGUUCAGCGCCCGGGAGACCUGGUCUGGAUCAACGCCGGAACUGUGCAUUGGGUGCAGGCUACAGGCUGGUGCAACAACAUCGCGUGGAACGUGGGGCCCCUGACACCCUAUCAGUACCAACUGGCGCUGGAGCGAUUUGAGUGGAACGAAGUCAAGAACGUGAAAUCCAUCGUCCCAAUGAUCCACGUGUCCUGGAACGUGGCCCGGACCGUCAAAAUCAGUGAUCCAGACCUGUAUCGCAUGAUCAAGUACUGCCUGAUGCAGUCUAUGAAGCGCUGCGUUUUGCAGAGGGACAGCCUGAUCCGCGGCGGGAAGAAAAUCGCCUACCAGAGCAGAGUGAAAGAUGAACCGGCCUAUUACUGCAACGAGUGUGAUGUGGAGGUGUUUAACAUCCUAUUCGUGACCAGCGAGAGCGGUGGGAAGAACACGUACCUGGUGCACUGUGAGAGCUGCUCCCGGAGCGCCAGUAGCGCAAGCAGCGCCAGCAGCAACGUCGUCAUCUUGGAGCAGUUUAAGACCGAGGAGCUAAUGCACAUAUACGACAACUUCCACCUGGCUCCACCCCCGAACAUCCGGUGAGUCUCCGCCCCCCUCCUCUGCUGUUCCUCCAACAGUCUCUAACCAUCUACCACAGAGCCAGCCAAUCAAAACUCCCCUCCUAACCAAAACACGGGAAAGAGGGGGGGCGGUGCUAUCCAAACCAGCCAAUCGCGGAAGAGAGGGGAGUAAAUCACAGACCGGCAGCUUUUUUUUUUUUUUAUUGUCUCACUCUUCAGCCAAUUGCAGGCCUUGUUUACACAGAACCCGCCCCCUUUGCGGGAACAGCCAAUCAGGAUGCAGGAUUCUUUGUGUCCUCUUUAAUUUUAUUGUUACUUUGUUUUUUUUGUAAUUUUAUCAGGAAUAUUUAUUCUGAAAUCUUGAAUUUUGUGACUUUGGGGGGGGGGGGGGGUUAUCGGGGGAGGGGCGGUUGUAUUAAUUUCGUGGGAUAUUUUUGUGAUAUUUUUUUUCGUUGCAGGUGGGGACACUGCAUGGUUUUAUUUUCUAAAGAAACUUUAAAUUAAGUUUUAGAGUGGUGCUCUGCUUUUCAACUAGUACAAAGGGGAGGUUCCCUCUGUUUGCUGAUGCUAAGAGACUUACAGUGGGGGGGGGGCAUUGUGGGGGGGCAACUCCCGUGAGUGACUGGGAGACACCUGGUGGCUUUUGUGGUAUUCUAACUACGACUGCGGCGUGAGUGGGGUGCUGGUCGCAUUCUGUUGUAUAGUCUUAUGUGAAAGAAUGAGGAUUUGGUUCCUCGGGGGCGGGGCAUUGUCGGGAACGCGUGGGAGGGGAAGCUAUGGAUUGGUUUUUAUGGAUUCUGUGUGGCAGGUCAAGCUUGGCGUGCUGACACUGGAGUGGUAGGUGGAGGUAUGACAAACCUCACUGUCGGAACACUUGGAAGGGCGGGGGGGGUCCCACAGGCUCCUCGUGGGGGGGGGGGGGGGUUGAGGAACCACAAGGUGCUUUUUUUCCCCAAACAGGCAGGAAAUUUAAAAAAAUAUAUAUAUAUUUAAAAAAAAAGAGAAACUACAUUUAUGGUUCCUUGUCCCUGUUACUCUGUGUGUGACCCCCCCGCACCCCCCUUUGUGUUCAGCAAGAGAGAUACGGGUUUUUACACAUAUAAAUAUAUAUAUAGAUAGAGGAAUAUCACCAUUGAAACCUGUUCCUUGGAUUUUCACCCCGUUUCCUGGUCUCUGUAAUAUAGAAAAAUUAUAAAUAUAUAUAUAAAUAUAGAAAUAUAUAGAUUUGGUUUAAACCCCCCCCCCCCCCCCCCCCAGAAAGUUCCUGCCAGUUGGUCUCUUUGUUCUCUCUCCUGUCUGUCCCUUCUCUCUCUUGGGGCUGUCUCUCUGGUCACACAUUCCCUCUCUCUCUCAUAUCCCCAUCACUUGAGCAUUCACCUCCCUUAUUGCUCCGCCUCCUUCAGUUGUUUUCCUUGGCCCUCGGGACAGUCGGGGGGCCCCUCGGGACAGGGACCCACAUUAUUUCAAACAGAGGUUCAUGUCACGGUUUGUCCCACCUUCCCUGUACCCCAUUUGAUAUACUGGGCACUACUGUCUGUGCCCCCCUAUAACUACUGGGUAAGGGGGGUUGCACUCUAUGGGUGCUGGGAUAAGCUGGGGGUACUAUUUAUAAUGCUGCCCCGACCUAUGGCCUCUAAAGCCCCCUGGCCAAGCAGCUAUAGGGCAAGUGCAUUCACCCAGAUAGGUGGGGGGCAGUGAGUGGCCCCCCAUGAGUAGUUGUUCAUCUAUGGCGGAUGGGAAAGUGAAUAGAACCCCCGCUGCACGGGGAGGGGCCCCUGUUCCUGGGGGGGGGGGGGGUUCAAUAAAGUGGAGUACAAAACACGGUGUUAUUUACUUUUUUUUUUUACAUUGCUGUACAGAGGGGCCCUCACUGUGGCCCCCCCCAAAGACAAACUAUUUAAUUUGUUGUGUAAAUUUUGUUUCUAGACAUUUUGAUAAUAAAAAAAAAAAUCUAUUUUUGGCCUCUGCCAAUGAUUAACAAUGAUUUUGUCUUUUACUUUCUUCCCCCCAAAAAUGACUUUUUGUAAUGACUUUUUGCACUCCAUUUUAUGAAUCUGCCCCUCCCUUUCCCACAGGUUCAGAUAGUGGUGUUGUACGUUAUAGGGCUCAUUCCAGAUCCGCAUCGUGCUCCCCCUUAACAGUGUCAGGGUGCACCCCACCGGGACCUGCGUAGUGCUCCCCAACAGUACAUGCUCCCCACUUACCCACAGGGACCUGCGUAAUGCUCCCCAGCAGUGAGGGGGUGCACCCCACUUACCCACAGGGACCUGCGUAAUGCUCCCCAGCAGCGAGGGGUGUACCCCACUUACCAACAGGGACCUGCGUAAUGCUCCCCAGCAGCGAGGGGGUGCACCCCACUUACCCACAGGGACCUGCGUAAUGCUCCCCAGCAGCGAGGGGGUGCACCCCACUUACCCACAGGGACCUGCGUAAUGCUCCCCAGCAGCGAGGGGGUGCGCCCCACUUACCCACAGGGACCUGCGUAAUGCUCCCCAGCAGCGAGGGGGUGCGCCCCACUUACCCACAGGGACCUGCGUAAUGCUCCCCAGCAGCGAGGGCUGGUUACCAAGUCAUAAGAGUUUGGCAACUGGAGGUCGCUUUCUUAAAACACAGGAUCCCGGGGCAGGGUGGCCUACGUUAAUCUGUUAUACAGAAAAUGAAUAACCCCAGCCCCCCCCCACCAACACAUGAUACUGUAACAUAUUUACCCCUGUACAUAAAUACACUUCUAUAUUACACUUUGUCACUAUAAACUAGAUGUUACAUCCAGGCAUUCCUUCCUCAUUAAUUCAUGGCUCCUCCCCUGAGAAACCCUGUUCCACCCCUAAUAUAACAGUCCCUCCCCUGAGAAACCAUUCUCCACCCAAUAUAACAGUCCAUCCCCUAAGAAACCCUGUUCCACCCCAAGUAUAACAGUCCCUCCCCCAAGAAACUCUUGUUUCACCCCAAACAUAACAGCUCCUCCCCUAAGAAACCAUUCUCCACCCCAAGUAAAACAGUCCCUCCCCUGAGAAAUCCUGUUCCUCCCCAAGUAUAAUAGCUCCUCCCCUGAGAAACCAUUCUCCACCCCAAGUAUAACAGUCCCUCCCCUGAGAAAUCCUGUUCCUCCCCAAGUAUAACAGCUCCUCCCCUGAGAAACCAUUCUCCACCCCUAGUAUAACAGUCCCUCCCCUGAGAAGUCCUGUUCCACCACAAGUAUAAUAGCUCCUCCCCUGAGAAACCAUUCUCCACCCCAAGUAUAACAGUCCCACCCCUGAGAAACCCUGUUCCACCCCAAAUAUAAUGGCUUCUCCCCUGAGAAACCCUGUUCCACCCCAAGUAUAACAGUCCCUCCCCUGAGAAACCCUGUUCCACCCCAAGUAUAACAGUCCCUCCCCUGAGAAACCAUUCUCCACCCCUAGUAUAACAGUCUCUCCCCUGAGAAACCCUGUUCCACCCAAUAUGUCCCUCCCCUGAGAAACCCUGUUCCACUCCUAGUAUAACAGCUCCUCCCCUGAGAAACCAUCCUCCAUCCAAUAUAACAGUCCCUCCCCUGAGAAACCCUGUUCCACCCCAAGUAUAACAGUCCCUCCCCUGAGAAACCAUUCUCCACCCCUAGUAUAACAGUCUCUCCCCUGAGAAACCCUGUUCCACCCAAUAUGUCCCUCCCCUGAGAAACCCUGUUCCACUCCUAGUAUAACAGCUCCUCCCCUGAGAAACCAUCCUCCAUCCAAUAUAACAGUCCCUCCCCUGAGAAACCAUCCUCCAUCCAAUAUAACAGUCCCUCCCCUGAGAAACCAUCCUCCAUCCAAUAUAACAGUCCCUCCCCUGAGGUUCUGUUUUUGGUGGAGCAAGGAGGGGCCAAAGAAAAUGCUUUCUGGGCUGCAGACAAGCAUUCUAUAAGCUAAAUCCAAUGUAUUUUCUCAAGGCAGCAGCUCUCGGGGGGGGGGGGGGGGCACCUUUUGUUGUUUCUCCCUAUACCUACCUGUCCUGCCAGCUUACGGCAGUGUUAGUGCUUUUAUCUGGUCUAGAAUGAAAAAAACCCUACAAGAGACCUCACAAAGGGGAGAAAAUCCACCAAAGGGAGAUUAUCACAAAGAAAUAACGUGGCUUUAUUAAAUAUGGCAUGUCGUAGGACUGAGUAGAAGAGAUUGGGCAACGCGCCAGGACUAAGUCCUAGUCCAGUAACACGGAAAUGGCCGCAGUUUGGCUGGAAGCAGUUGAGGAAUGAGUUGGAGCAGAUGCAGAAUCCAUAAUACUGGUUCUCAGGCAUCUCCAUUCACUGAAUCACCAGCUUGGUCUCCACCAGCAUCUCAUGAGGUUCCUCACUAGCCUUCUCCUGGGCUUCUGGUCCCACAGAUUAUCAGUAUUCAGGCUUCAGAGCUGGUUUUGGGGGGGUGGGUGAGACGAGAAAGACUGUAACUUUUUUAUUUAUAACAUGGGAUGAAGAUGGUUAGUAGCCCCCGGUGUGGGGCAAUGGCCAGUAGAAGCCAUCUUUGGGGUGGAGACUUCCUAACUAUGCACAACAGGCACAGCCACACCAUACAGCAUUUCAUCCAGCCAAAGAUUUCUUUCUGAUAUUUCCCCUAUGGGUACAACACACUUUUCUCUGCUUUAUUUAUUUUCCGCGGUUUUUUUCUCACUUUAGGAAUUUCGGGGCAAUAUUUUCCUUUAAUGUUUGUUUGUAGGAUUUACUAUUUGCCUAUUUUUUACGGUGCUACGUUUCCAACCAUUUUGUUUUUGUAAGGUCUUUCAAAAAUGGUGGAGGGGUUGUUUGUUUUUGUUUUCUAAACAUCAAGGGGGUGUUGUUCGUAUUAUUAGCCCCGCCCUCGAAUGGAGCUGGACAGGGGCGGGGCUUCUCGAGGGUCUGACGCUUAUGGGAGGGGAUAUAUAUAUUGAUACGCAACGGGGGGAGAGUCGGAUCUAGCAGGAGAGGGGGUUCCGACUGUAAGCUCUGCUGGUCGCUGGUGCUAAUGAUCCCCUUUUACCUCAGGACCGCAGGGCUCCUCCCCUUUCGCCGUUACCUGGUGCUACUUCAUCUUUUAUACUCGGGUUUUACUUUGUAAUUUAUCAAUAUCUGAAGGCAUGUAUGGCGGAGGGGUAUUUAUUCCAUGACUGCUAGGGACUGAUACCCACCUACCCCCUUGUAGGGGCAAAUUCGCGCUGGAGUGGAGUAAUGAGCCCUACGUGGAUCCGACCUCGUUAAUAUUAAGGGAGAACGGGGAGAGUCACUGGAAAUGAAGCUAAACGGGGCAAUUGCUCGUUGGGGGGGGUAUUUCGCUUAUUGGAUACAAAUAUAAACCCCGCCCCCUUUGUCAGAAUCUCCGCCUCACCAGCCGCCCAAUGGGGACUGUCCCGGCCUCUCGUCCCUUUCCGCGACGCCACCACUAUCCCACAAACUCCAAACCUGUUCUUUUUUUAUCUGAGCCAGCGGAUUUUUUGCCCUUUUUUUGUGAAUUUGUGAUAUUAAUAAAUCUGAAAACAAAAAAAUAAAAGAUUUUGAUUAUUAA